UUCAAGUAGUUCUUUGCUGGGCUGUCUUCCUGUGCAGCAGCAGUAGCACAAAUGUUUGGUGGAGGAGGGGUUGGGUCAAGACCAGCAGGGGUGGAAAUGACAUAGCUUUAUAGAGCUUGUAUUUAAGAUUUGAAAUAGUUUGAAGGUGGAGAAGUGUGGUUUAUGGAAGGGGGUGGGAAGGAGGUGAGGGCUCAAGACAAAAGGCUCGUAAUAUGUGGUUGAGGCUAGCCCAUUGUUAAAAGGGCUUUGUGUUAGUUUGUUCUGGAUUUGGUUUAUUGGGUUGUGGAUUUUUUUUUUACAGUCUCUUGCUUCCAGAAAAGCCUAAAAAUGAAUGCUUCCUCCGCCUCAGAAAAUGGGCCUUAUUCCACAAAUCCAAGGCCAUUCUUUUAUGCACAAGCAACAGCACCACAACAGUCAUUCCCUAAUCCAUGGCUCCUUGGCCCUAUCUACAACCCAUAUGGCAUCCCCGCAGCAGGCUUAAGAAGUGGCAAUCCAUACUUCCCACUUUAUCCUGUUCCUCUCCAUGAGUACCCUGGAUACCUUGUUCCACAACAUCCCAUGCAUAUGAGAGUUCACAGAAGACCUUAUUUUAAUGGUCAUCCAUCCUCGCCCAUGUUUUAUCAAGCUACACGGUUCAGGCAUUAUAGCCCUGGGAAACGAACAGAGACUAAAGAAACACAGACUGAUGUUAGACAGCUUGAAAGUAAACCAAAAAAACUUCAAGAUCAUGGUAUAGAAAUGAAAGGUUGUGAAGGUGCAAAUAUGGUCUGUGUCUCAUCUGGUGGCAAUAAGGGAGUUGAAAGCUCUUUAGAAGUGCAUGAGAGAACUGGAUCUUCUCCUGUUUCAGACAGAGACUUUACUAAGAGCCCUGCAGGCUCUGUGCAGUUCCGAGGCCUUCCCCCACCAGGGUAUGCCUUUGAGAAAGAGGAGGUAAGAAUAGAGUAUGCUAAUGGUGGUGCACCUGCCAUUCAGCUAUGGAAGUCCUUUAAAGAAACCAUUCCUUUAUAUGAUGUAGCAAAGAAGGAUAACAUUGUGCAAAGAGAUGUGUUUGCUCUGAGUUCCUGUGAAGAAGUUGUGUAUGCGUCUCCUGAACAAGGGCAGCUGGUGCCAAGUAUUUCUUAUCCGGAGGAGGAAAAGCCUCUUGAGGAUGCACAAGAGAAGGAGUCUCAAUGUAAAGUGAAAAAAAUUGAUUCAGAAAAACAGGGAAUUAUUAGUUAUAGAGGAAGCUCACCUGUAGAUGAAGCCAGCGCAACACAGCUGCCUGAACCAGCAAAACUUGACCAAACAAAGCAAGACCCUGUGAUGUCCAAAAGAUCUUAUGGCUUGAAGAGGUCCAGUGGUUCAAGAGCUCCUCGAGAUGUGUCGAACCUUGUUCGGCAAAGGGAGUUAUUUCCAUCUGGCAUGGAGAUAAUUAAUGAUUCAUAUUUCCCUCAGAAGAUGAAAGAAAACAGUGAUGUUACCAAUGAAACUUGGGCAGCUUCAGAAGCUAGUGUAUGGUGUGAUGAGUCAGAGAAAUAUAUACCUUCUGAAAGCUGGCUAGCUUGUUUGGAUAAUAUGGAUACCAACCUCAACUAUGAUAUGUAUCUGUCCAGAAGAAAGCGUCCAAGUGUACUCAGUGUUACCUCUGAUGAGAUGUCUUCUGUAGAUGAAGAAGGCUCAUCAAUUGACAAUGUACCUACAUCUUAUCUUGACCCUGACUACAUACUUAAGAAGGAUAUAUGCACCUUCAAGAAAAGUACAGAGGGGUUGGGAAGAGAGAGAUUUAGAAGUGGAGGCUCCCUCAAUGAAGAUGAGGAAGUGGUGGGGAUUGAGCAGGCCAAUUUGAAGAGAGGCUCACGCAUCAAGGCUAACGAGCUUUCCUGUCGAAGUAGAAAGCCGGGCGUUCUUCCUAGGUUUUCUAGCAGCAGGCACCUACUCUAUCCUCACAAGAAAAAGGCUUCUAGGAGUUUGUCUCCAUCAGAGGUUGAUGAUUCUGAAGAUUACUGGGUGAAGGAACCAGAAGGGGAAGGGGAAGAAGAAGAAGAAGAAGAGAAUGAAGAAAGAGAAUAUUUGGUUCCAGAAGCUGCUCUUCAUGGAACCGUGAACCCUAGCAAAGGUGGGUUUCCCUACUGGAAGACUGGCCAACAAGCAUUCUGGAAACUACCUAAAAAUGCAGUCCCAACACACAUCAUUAGUUGGCCUGUUCAAGAGAAAAUGAAAAUGCCUGGACUGGCUGCUAAACUGAAGAAAGAACAAGAGCAGGUUGAGGAACUCUGUGAUGACUACAACUUCUUCUUGAAGAGGCCUAUGGCACACCAGCUAGAAAUGUUUGAGCACCGAAGAAAUUCACAAAAGGGUCCAGGAAGAUUACAGGAGGAAGAUAGAAGGAUUGCGCUUGAUGAAUACUGGGUAAAAAGUGGUGGACCUGAUGAAUACUGGACAAAAAGUGGUGCAAAGCCCAAGUUUCCUAGCUUUAUGCCUGGUGGCCUCUCGCCCCCAACCAAAAGCCAAGAGAAAGAUAUAUUUGCUGUUCCUUCGGAUAAUUUGUAUGUAGACCCACCAAAGAAGAAAAAAGGAAUGGGUAAGCCUCCACACAAGCGUAGAGACACAAGAUGUGAUACAGAAGUUAAAGAACGGGAGAAGCCAAAAACUGCCAAUCACAAGGGGCGGGAAGCAAAGAGAUCCCUCUAUAAAAGAAGAUAAUCGGAAUUGUGAAAAGUACAAACAUUGGUCUGUAUCAGUCAGAUGAAUCCGUAUUUCUUUUUGGUAUGCAGCUCAGCAAGACCAAAAUUUCACUCUAAAGAUUCCUGAGUACACAUCUGAGAAAUAUAUAAAAAUGUACUGGGCACUAAAAAUAAUGCACAGUAUUGUAAAUAACACAAUGUUUAAAAAGGAAAUAAAAGUUAGAAUUGCACUGAUGAAA